AUGGAGCUGUCGACAACCCCCCGGAAUCCGCUGGCCACCAUGCUCCAUACCAGAAAUGAGUCCUUGUUGGGCCAAGGACCGUGGUCACCACAGCACAGCACCCAGCCGCCUCUCGAUCCCAAGCCAGCCUUCGGUCAGGUCUAUGUUACCCUCCUCAUCUGUGCGCUGGGAGUGUCCGGGAACGGGCUGGUGAUACUGUUCCUCGUCUUCCACAUCAAGAGGAAGCCUUUCACGGUCUACAUCCUGCACCUCGCCAUUGCCGAUUUCUUGGUCCUCCUCUGCACGUCUGUCUUGCAGCUCAUGAGCAUCACUUACAGCCACUCUGAGAACUAUACUCAAUUGCACUACUUCAUGUACCUGGUGAUUUUUGGCUACAACACGGGUCUCUACCUCCUCACAGCCAUCAGCGUGGAACGGUGCCUUCUGGUGCUUUUUCCCUUCUGGUACCACUGCCAACGCCCAAAGCACCAGUCGGCUGUGGCCUGCACCCUGCUGUGGGCGCUUUCUUUCCUCGUGUCUGGGUUGGAGAACUUCUUCUGCAUUCUGCAAGAACAGCCUAAAUUCCCCGAAUGUCGGUUUGUGUACAUAUUUUCCUGCAUCUUGACCUUGGUCUUUGUUCCUCUCAUGGUGGGCUCCAGUCUGAUUCUCUUCAUCAAAGUCAGCUGUAACCGGAAGCCACGUCAGCCCGUCAAACUCUAUGUCAUUAUUACGGCCACGGUGGUGCUGUUCCUGGUCUUUGCCCUGCCCACCAAGGUCCUGCUCAUCCUGGCGUACUAUGGCCAUGACGCCUCCGUAUGGCACUUCUAUCCUCAUCUGAAUAUGUUGUCUACUAUCAAUUGCAGUGUCAACCCAAUUGUCUAUUUCGUGGUGGGCAGUAUUAGGAGAAAGAAAAGCAGAAAGUCACUAAAAGAAGCCCUGCAAAGGGUCUUUGAGGAAAAACCCAUGUCAGACGUGGGUGCCAACUCUUCCUGCUCCUCUCCGAUGGCCUUCACCUAG